UUUUUUAACUAGUGAAACGAAAUGUUGACAUUAAACUAUCUCAACACGAAAAUAAAACAGUGAUUAGUUGUUGGUCAUAAUAACAACAUAAGUUUAAUAAUUUGUAAUUAGAUUGGUUGAAGAAGUGUUGGCAAAAGCAAUACAUAAUGCUAAAGAGUGGCGGGGGAAUUAGCAAGCGCGCUGGAUCUAGACAUGUUUUAAUAGUUCUUACCUUAUGUAUCCUGUGGUACAUAGUAUCGUCCAGCAAUAAUGUGAUAGGUAAAAUGGUGCUCAAUGAAUUCCCUUAUCCGAUGACUGUGACUAUGAUACAAUUGUGCAGUAUCACAUUAUAUAGUGGCCCUUUUUUCAAUUUGUGGGGUAUUCGGAAGUACCAGGACAUGGAACGUAAUUAUUAUUUACGUAUAAUAGUACCUUUGGCUUUUGGUAAAUUCUUCUCAUCUGUUGCCUCACAUGUAUCAUUAUGGAAAGUGCCAGUUUCUUAUGCACAUACAGUUAAAGCAACAAUGCCAUUAUUUACGGUUAUAUUAACGCGCUUAAUAUUUAAUGAAAAGCAGCCGACCUUGGUGUACCUAAGCCUGAUACCUAUAAUAACGGGUGUGUGUAUAGCAACAGUGACCGAAAUCUCAUUUGAUAUGAUGGGCUUGAUUUCAGCUCUUAUAUCUACAAUGGGAUUUUCAUUACAAAAUAUCUUUUCAAAAAAGGUUCUUAAAGACACAGGUAUACAUCAUCUACGUUUAUUGCAUUUGCUUGGUAAAUUGGCGCUUUAUAUGUUUUUGCCAGUUUGGUUAUAUCUCGACAGUUUUCAAAUAAUAAAACAUCCAAUUGUUACCAAUUUCGAUUAUCGUGUGAUAGCAUUACUCUUUGUUGAUGGUGUAUUGAAUUGGUUGCAAAACAUAAUUGCGUUUUCGGUGUUGUCAUUGGUAACGCCGCUUACCUAUGCCGUAGCUAGUGCGUCGAAGCGUAUUUUUGUAAUUGGAGUAUCAUUAAUAAUACUAGGGAAUCCAGUUACUUGGAUAAAUUGUUUCGGUAUGACUUUGGCUAUCCUUGGUGUGCUUUGUUAUAAUAGAGCAAAACAUUACUCAAAAGAACGUGAAUUAUUACCAGUAGCUGUUCAGAAUGGUAAUUUAAAAAAAUAUACAACCCUACGAAAUCAAGAUUCUUAUCAUAUGAACACCACUAAACCAAAUGGCUACACCAUGGGCAAAAAGAAUAGCUUAUUAGCUACUGGCAGUGGGAUCGUACAGAAUGGUAGCACAACGCAUAUUUUAUUCGUUUAGAAUAAGUAAAUUUGUGUAACCUUUUUAGACAAAAUUUUAACAACAUUUUUUAUUACACUUUUUAAUUAUGUCUAUAACCUUAGCGGGCGUUUAAGUUUUGUUAUUCCCUAUGUAAUUUAUAAGAAGAAGAGAAUUUCGGAAAUCUUUUUCUAGUUUCUAGUGCUAAAUACUAAAACCCUUGAGAAGAACGAAACUAUAAUUUAUAAAUUUAGAAAAAUUUGAAAUAUUUCGAUAAUUUUCGAUAUUCGAUUAUAAAAACUGGCCUCGCGAAAUACUCCGUUUAUAUUAUGUAUCCAACCAACCAAAUUCCGUUAUGAUUACGCGUAUCAAAAAUUAAUCUUCUAAAUGCUAUCAUAACAUCUAUGAAAAACGCAUUAAGUGUAAAGCAUAUUUUCAUCAAUUAUCUACGGAAAAAUUUAUAAUUUCUAUAUUAAUAUAAGGUGAAAUUAUU